AUGACGCCGUUUUCCAACCCAAAUUACCUCGGCAAGUUCGCCUUGUUUCACCUUUUGUGUCAUAUUCCAGGAUUGUUAGGCAGUCAGGUGGUGGUGCCGUCCAGCGUGAGCGCCGUGCUGGGGAAAAACUUGACGUUAGAGUGCCGCGUGGAUGUGGCUACUAACCUCACUCUCACUCAGAGCUCUUGGGAACGGCGUUUACCUUCCAGCUCUGUCACCAUCGCCGUUUACAACCCGCGCUACGGCAUCUCCAUCUCUCCGGACUUCAUCCACCGUUUGUAUUUCCGCUCGCCCUCUUCCCACGAUGCCACCAUCGUACUGGAGAACGUGGGCUUUGCAGAUAUGGGCAUGUACACAUGUAAGGUGGCGACAUUUCCGCUCGGGAACACUCAAGCCUCCACGACUGUCAGUGUGCUUGUGGAGCCGAAGGUCUUCGUGUCGGCCGGCUCGAGGGCGCUUAUAGACGGCAGUAACGAAACGACGGUGGCUACCUGUAUCGCCGAACGCGCCCGCCCCCCCGCCGAGGUGUCGUGGGAAUCCAACCUUUUCGGGCAGUCGGAAGUGCAGCUUUUCGACGACGUCAACGGAACCACCACUACGCAAGUGCGCUACCUUUGGCAGCCCACCCGUCACAUCCAGGGUCACUCGCUCACCUGCGUUGUUCGCCACCCGGCUCUGCUCAAUGACUUCAGGGUGCCCUAUCAGCUCAAUGUGCAGUUUGCUCCGGAUAUCUCUGUGGUGGGAUACGAUGGCGACUGGUACGUGGGGCGGGACAAUGUCCAAAUGACGUGCAAAGCUAACGCGAACCCGCCAGCUCAUCACUUUAGAUGGAUCAGGUUAGAUAGCGAGAUGCCAGAUGGCGUGGAAAUCCUCAACAGCACGCUGCUUUUCCUCCGCCCUCUCCAGAGGAACGACUCCGGUGUUUACAGGUGCGAGGUCGCCAACGACAUCAACCUCCGCAGUCGGGACGUCCGCAUUCUCAUACAAGAUCCUCCCACCAUGCCUUCCACCAUUACUGCUCCUGUCCUCUCUGGUUCCUCCUCCUCCACCCUAGUGGACGAUAAGCUCCACGUUCGUCUCAGCUCCCCCACCCUCCAAGCCCUACCUGACAGUAACCUGGGCACCGUAGUGGGCGGGGCUGUGGGCGGGGCCUUGUUCCUGCUGCUACUGCUGUGUCUGGCCGGCGUGUGUUACCUGCGCAAACAGCAGAGCUUCCACGGGGACUACUGCGCCAAAGCGUACCCGGGUCCUAGCGACCUCCAGAAAGCCCCCGGGGAGGCGCGCGAGCCCCACGCCGUCAAGGCCGGGGUCGGCUCCGGCUCCCAGCGCCGGAAGGACCACGACAGAGAGGAGUGGGGCGGCCACGAGCUCGAGCGUCACCGCGGCUACGACGGAGACGAGUACCCGUCUAACGGCUACACGCGGGCCAUGAGGGAGGGCGGUCACCACAGCAACCGGCAGAAUCCCCAGCGGGCACAAACGGAGUAUUGUAGUCCUCAGCAAGCGCCCAGGAGACCCAGAUACACGCACUCUCCCAAAGCGGCGAGGAAUGGCUCACCCUACGUGCCCAACAACGGCUACGAUAGCGCUCCGGAGGGCGAUUACGUGUCUCACAAAGACGGUUCGCUCAUCUCUCGUAGGGAGUGUCCCACUCUCCAGCCCAUUGACUGUCCCCAUGGCAACAAGCUCAUCUGGGGCUGCUGCUCUUCCCGCUACCUGGUCACAAAAUCUGGAGGGGAGGGGCGGGAAUGCCGGGGGUGCAUGACGACGCUGACGAUCGGCGACAGGGAAUGUCCCGUUACCCCUGCUGCAUCUUUGCACGGGUCACAUCCGCUCUUGACCUUCAAGCACGCCAUACGAGGGAAUACUCGUUUUGUCGUUCUCGUAGACUACUACAACCCCAAGCAAAAAGUAUGGAAUCACCAGUCUCGCACGAAACAGUCUCAGGCUGAAAGGUCAAACUCCAUCGCGGUGGCCGGGGCGGCGAUCGGCGCCGUUUUGGCUCUGUUCCUCAUCGCCGUCUUCGUCAUCGUCCUCGUCACGGCCCGCAAGGCCCCGCCGGCGGCCUUUUCGGACAAAGUGAUUGACCUUCCACCCACACACAAGCCACCUCCUCCCUACUCCGAGCGAGCCCCAAAUCUUCCCUCUGGUGUCCACGUGUCCCAGGUGGCUUGGCUGUCUCAGGUAAAACACAACUUCUUCAUCCGCCGGCACUUUGGAAUUUCCCGCCUCUACCAUUACGGAUGUUCGCCCUCAGAGCCGCCAGGCCGAGCGCAGGUGCGAGGCCACCGAGAAACGGCGUACCCCGGCGGUCCCUGCACGACAGAGCCCCACGCGGCGGUCCCGUUUGGAGUGGGUUUGUCAUCAAAGCGGGUCGGAGCGGGUCUUCAUCAACCACCGUGA